AUGCCGACCCUCGCGGCUACGGGCAGCGCCGACCCGCCGCCGCAGCUGCCGUCUGCCUUCGAAGAACACCGGUCGGGCAACAGACUUGGACAUCCCGUCAACGGACAUUUGGGCAGUGGUUCAUUCGGCGGUGGUUCGUUCGGCGGUGGUGCUUUAAACAGCGGUCCCUUGAACAGUGGUCGUCUGGGCGUUGCGGGGAACUCGGACCACUUUGGAGGCGGUUCCGGCGGUGAACACUACUCAGAGCACUUGGGUGCAGACCACUUGGGUGCAGACCACUUGGGUGUUGUUGGCGCAGGGAGUGGCGGUUCGGUGGCCGGUCAUGGACCGCGAAUGCAGCGGAGUACGGAAUUGAGUGUCCGGGACGUGUUGCCGAGUCGUACGGUGCCGGAAUUAGGGGGGCACACGCGGCCUCCAUUGCGCAAGUUCGCGGGCGAAGAGUUCAUACGUCUGCAACAACCCAAGGUGAUCUCGCCGGACUGGGGCUCUUGUGCCGCGUACGCCAAAGCCCACCGAUGCAAACUCGCCGACGGCGCCAUUUCCGACCACCCCGAUGACAGCGGCUUGGUCGUGGGCGUCGUCGUCACUGACGACCAGCUACUCGGCCAACUUGUCGACCAAGAAUUCAAAGCUUGCGACCCGACCGUUAAUAUACUUAAGUCUCUCAGCUCCUCCUAUUGCGAAUGA